AUGGGACCACGACGAUUCACAAAAGCUAUAGCAUCUUCAAAACUAUGUGCUAUGAUUAGACGAAUGGAUGAAUCUUUGGCACAACCCGUGCCCUACUGGGAUGCAAGAUGGGAUCUGCGGUUACCACGACCAGCUGAUUCUGCAAUAUUCAGCGAGGAUUUUUUUCCAAAGUCAAGAAAACGUCGAACAAGUGAGAAAUUCGCCCGAGAG